AUGACAACACAUCUUGGAGCCACGGGGAGCAUCAUAAGCCCAAGCACUCCUCCAGUAACGGCCCUCCCUCCUCCUCCUCCUCCUCCUCCUCCUCCUCCUCCUCCUCCUCCUCCUCCUCCUCCUCCUCCUCUUCCUCCUCCCUCUUUCUCCCUCCUCCCUUCUGAUUCUCUCUCACUGCUGGCGCUGCUGGAGGUGUGGAGGUCCGGGCCUAAUGUGGGGGGCCUGGCUGAUCCUGGCGCUGCUGGAGGUGCGAAGGAUGAGGGGAGGAGCCUGGCUGAUCCUGGCGCUGCUGGAGGUGCGAAGGAUGAGGGGAGGAGCCUGGCUGAUCCUGGCGCUGCUGGAGGUGCGAAGGAUGAGGGGAGGAGCCUGGCUGAUCCUGGCGCUGCUGGAGGUGCGAAGGAUGAGGGGAGGAGCCUGGCUGAUCCUGGCGCUGCUGGAGGUGCGGAGGUCCUGGCUGUUGCAUGCAGCGGAGCAGAGGCGAUGCCUGAGGGGCGACGGGGCAAAAGCGAGGAGCAGAGAAGCAGAAGCGUCGCCUCUGCUCUAUGCCGAAUUGUGGAGGUGGGGAGGAGUGGAGCAGAGGAGCAGAAGAGCACAAGCGUCGCCUCUGCUCUUUCCUGUCCCUUGGUACCAUGUCCUGUGUGCCUUGUCUGUCCAGAAACGUGGAGGAAGAGGGGGGCAGCAGAGAAGAGGAGGCGAGGAGGGGCCGAGGAGAAGAGGAGCACUGAGGUGGACGGGCGCGUGGCUGAGGUGGACGGGCGAGCGCGGUGGGAGGACGCACGGCUGGCAGCCACUGGCGUGUGGCUGCCUCUACCCGCCCUGCUGACCACCCGCUCGAGGAGCAUUGGAGCAUUGGAGCCUUGGAGCAUCACUGGCAUCUCGUGGGCAGCAAAGCAACUGGGAAGUCUCUUUCCCCUCGCCUUCCGUUCUCAUCGGUUCUUCACUCAAGGAGGUGCCGAGCAGAGGAGCAAAGGAGCCUGCAGAGGACGGCAGCAGCGACUCGGGAGGACGGCAGCAGUGAGAGGGAGAAGCGAGCGGUGGGAUGACGCACGGCCGGCAGCCACACGGCUGCCUCCUACCCGCCCUGCUGACCACCCACUCUGCUCGAGGCGGGCGCUUCGGGCAAGGAGGCGCGGAGGCAAGGAGGCGGCACUUCAGCAGAGGUGGAGUGCGGUGUGGAAUGGUAUGGUGCGGCAUGAGGAGGAGGCGGACACUUCGGGCAACGAACCGGCGCGGAGGCAAGGAGGCGGCACUUCAGCAGAGGAGGACGGGCGAGCGUGGUGGGAUGACGCACGGCCGGCAGCCACUGGCAUGUGGCUGCCUCCUACUUGCCCUGCUGACCACCCGCUCAAGGCAAGGAGGACACUUGGGGCAAGGAGCACUGCCCUCCACGCACCUCCUCUUCCCGCCUCUGACGCCCAACCUGACCUGCACUCCGUCCUCAACCCCUUCCCACCGUCGACACUCAAGGAGGGGGGAGUGGCAGCAUGGAGGGGAGUCAACACCGUCACCGACACUCAUUGCUUCCAUUCCCUAUGCAGCAGAGAAGCAGCGGAGGUGCGGAGGAGCAGAGGAGCAGAAGAGAGGAGGGAGUCGUCUCUGCUCAUCUCUGGUAAUCUUUAUUAUGAGGAGAUGCAGCAGAGGCGGCAAGGAGCAGGGGGAGCGGCUGCGGAGGAACAGGAGCAGUCGCCUCUGCUCUUCUCUGGAGAUGCAGCAGAGGCGGCGAGGAGCAAAGGAGCGGAGGAACAGGAGCAGUCGCCUCUGCUCUUCUCUGAAACGUGCAAGAGGAGGGGGGCAGCAGAGAAGACAGCAGUUAGACGGGCGCGGUGGGAUGACGCACGGCCGGCAGCCACUGGCGUGUGGCUGCCUCUACCCGCCCUGCUGACCACCCGCUCGAGCAGCAUUGGAGCAUGGGAUCCGUGGAGCAUCAAGGCAUCACUGGCAUCUCGUGGGCAGCAAAGCAACUGGGAAGUCUCUUUCCCCUCGCCUUCCGUUCUCGUCCCCCACCCUCCAUUCGUUUCGUUUCGUCAUUCCGUGUUUUCAGCACCUCGUUCGUUCUUCACUCCAUCCAAUAAUGGGUUCUUCGAUCCAGAUCGGUUCUUCACUCAAGGAGGUGCCGAGCAGAGGAGCAAAGGAGCCUGCAGAGGACGGCAGCAGCGACUCGGGAGGACGGCAGCAGUGAGAGGGAGAAGCGAGCGGUGGGAUGACGCACGGCCGGCAGCCACACGGCUGCCUCCUACCCGCCCUGCUGACCACCCACUCUGCUCGAGGCGGGCGCUUCGGGCAAGGAGGCGCGGAGGCAAGGAGGCGGCACUUCAGCAGAGGUGUAGUGCGGUGUGGAAUGGUAUGGUGCGGCAUGAGGAGGAGGCGGACACUUCGGGCAACGAACCGGCGCGGAGGCAAGGAGGCGGCACUUCAGCAGAGGUGGAGUGCGGUGUGGAAUGCAAGGAGGGGGGAGCGGCAGCAUGGAGAGGAGUCAACGCCGUCACCGACACUGAGCAGAGCGGAGCGGGGCGGAGCGGAGCAGCAGAGGAGAGGAGCUUCUCGGCAACGCUCGGCCAGGUUAAUAUGCUCAACAUGCGUGGGGAGUCGAAGACCCCCCCCCCCUUCCUCCCCUGCCUGUGA